AUGUCCACCACCACCGAGACCAAGCAGCGUACAGUUGCCCCCCGCUUCGAAACCAAAGACUUGAUCACUUUCGACAAGGAUCAAGUCUACGGCGACUGGCGCGACGAGUUUCACAAGAAUGGCUGUGUAUUGAUCAAGAAUGUCAUCACGCCAGAGCGCGCACAGUACUACUGCGACAAGCAAAUCCAGUGGCUGAAGAACUUUGAGCUUGGGUUUGACGAAAAGAACCCGGACACCUGGACUGCCGAGCACCUUCCCGUCAGCUUCAAGGGAGGUAUGUACUUUGCCUAUUGUGCGCCCCAUGAAAGGAUGGCGUGGGAGGCUCGGACUGAGCCUAAGGUUGUUGAGAUUUUCGAGAGGCUCUGGGGUACCAAGGAAUUAAUCACCUCGUUUGACGGGAUGAAUAUCUCUCUGCCGAACCGCAAGGAUCUUAACUGGAGUCCUUGGCCCCACUGUGAUCAGAACCCAGAGCGUAAGGGUAUGCAAGCAGUUCAGGGUCUCCUGAACUACGCCCCCAAUGGUCCUAAGGACGGUGGUCUUAUGCUCAUGAAGGGAUCCGCAAACCUCUUCAAUGAAUUCUUCGAGCACAAGCGCGAAUCUGCAGACCACGAAGACGCCCCCCCUCCUGAGAUUCAGUACAUGGACCUAUUCCUCUUCAGCAAGAAGGACAUCCAAUGGUUUGAGGAGCGAGGCUGCGAAAUGGUUAAGAUUGACAUGGAGCCCGGUGACUUUGUCCUUUGGGAUUCCCGCACCAUGCACUACGCUUGCCUGCCUGAGGGUGAGCAGAUCCGCCAUGUUCAGUAUAUCUGCAUGACGCCGAGGAAGUUUGCAGAUGAGGAGGCUUUAGAGGCGAAGAAGUACUGUUUUGAAAAGUUCAUUGGUACUACCCAUUGGCCGCAUUGCAACAUUCGUCCUGCCGAGGAAAAGCCUAUGAGGGAUGGAGAGGUCUGCUCUAAGUACAGGACUGAGCCAUUCGAGAAGCCGAUAAUCACCGAUCAGGUGCUUCAAUUGGCUGGCGUUAAGCCUUACUAA